CCUGAAUUCAUUUAAGCAGAGAAGCCCAACCCAAAUUUUAAUUCCACUCUACAAAGACAAACAAAACCCUAACUCACACUGCUUUUCUCUACCAUUUUGAACAGAGUAGAUUUAGCCACUCAAACAGGAGCUCUUCUCUGCUGCCAUGGGUAAGACACGUGGUACCGUUGCCGGGCGCAAACUGAAGAGCCACCGUAUCAAGCAAAGGUGGGCCGACAAAUCAUACAAGAAAUCUCACCUUGGUAACGAAUGGAAGAAGCCAUUUGCCGGUUCUUCCCACGCAAAGGGCAUUGUCCUUGAGAAGAUUGGUAUUGAAGCAAAGCAGCCUAACUCUGCUAUCAGAAAGUGUGCUAGAGUUCAACUUAUUAAAAAUGGCAAGAAGAUUGCUGCCUUCGUCCCCAACGAUGGUUGCUUAAACUACAUUGAAGAGAAUGAUGAGGUUUUGAUUGCUGGAUUCGGAAGAAAGGGUCAUGCUGUGGGAGAUAUUCCUGGAGUUAGGUUCAAGGUUGUGAAAGUCUCUGGAGUGUCUCUCUUGGCUCUUUUCAAGGAGAAGAAGGAGAAGCCUAGAUCUUAAGUUAUGACAGUUAUUUUUGACCCUAUAGAAUCUUUGUUCUUUGUUUUAGUCAUUUGAUGAAUUUUGUAAUCAGUUUUUGAUAUUUUCUUGUUGGAAUGAAUUUAGUAAUGUCCCUUUUUGACUCA